CAUUAAAUUGCAUAAAAAUCUCGCGGGCCCGCAAAAAACGAUUGCAAUGCAAAAUCAAUGGUGCAAAUAACCGUCUCUUAAGAAACGAGUCUAUUAUAAAUAGUCUGCAUUAAGUUGGAGCAGGCAGAGAAUCGGUGGUUCCUGUGAGAUCGACUCAACGAUGAAGGUGUUCGUCCUCUGUUUAGGGGUCCUUUUCGUCGCCGCCCUAGGCUGGGCCAAAGAUGAACAAGAGACCCUUUCCGACCUGGAAGUAGCCGCUACCAACCUCGAGCCCGAAGAUCUAGCUGUUGCUGCUUCGCAUCACGGUCACGGCAGCUCGCAUGAAGAGGGCGGCGGCCAUAAGCAUCACGCUCACCACCACUCCGGUCACGGCCAUAAAGGUGAUAAGGGAUAUAAGCAUCACCAUCACCACGACAAAGGUCACCAUGGGAAACACGGCAAGCAUCAUUCUUCCGGGCAUCACGCUUCAAAAGGUGGUCAUCAUCACUCUCAUCAUGGAGGCGGGGGUCACCACUCGUCCCAUCACGAACACGGUCAUCAUCACAAAGGGGGCAAGCACGGUGAGAAGAAGGGGCAUAAGAAGGGACAGAAGACUCACGGACACCAUCUUAAGAAGCACAAGGAUGAAUACCACAAACAUCACAAAUUCUACGAUGCGGCUCAUAAAGACGGACACCACAGCAAACACGGGCAUCAUCACGGACAUCAUGGAUCUCAUUCUGGACACCACAAGAAGGGAGGUCACCACCAUAGCGGGCAUCAUCAUGAUCACCACGGAAAGAAAGGACAUGGAGGUAAAGGACACCAUUCGCACCACCACCACGGACACAAAGGACAUGGAGGUCACGAAUCUCAUCACCAUCAUCAUUCCGACCAUGGAAAGAAGGGAGGACAUCACGAAGGAAAACAUUGGGGUUUCGCUCAUAAACACCACUAAGAAACGGAUAGUGGGGUACAUUGUUGAUAUUUUUGUUAUGUUUUUUGUUGUUGAGUUUGAAUCUGUAAUAAAAAUAAAU